AUGCGUUUCGUCUGGAAACAGAACUUCGGCGGAGGGCUCCCGGGUGCUGCCCCCUGCUGGCGCGGGCGGGGAGGACUGUACUUCGUCAGGGUGUCGGCCUACAAUGUGAAGGGAUAUGGUCCAGCUCAGAGCUCCAGCCCCCCCAGUGCUGCCCCCUCCAGCUGGACGCAGUGCUGUGGUGUGAAGCAGAGGAGCCGGGAGCAGGCGGCCGGAGUCGGGAAACUGCUGGAGCAGAUCCAGGACCCGCAGUACCGGGGCUACUUCAUAGAGACGUCCAGGGUUCACACCCCCAGCAAGAAGCUGUCUGUGUCUCGCAGCCUCAAGCACCUCUUCCAGUCGGCCACCAAGUUUGUGCGCAGCCUGCAGAGGUGA